UGUAAUUUUGAUAUUUAUAUUUUCAGAAUUAUGAAAAAGCUAUGAAUAAAGAAUAAAAAUGAGACAAAUGUUGAAAACAUUUCUUGUCCUCAUGCUAGUCAGUCUGGGGGUGGGGCAGACAAGGAUACGCCCUAAUCAGAGGCCUUUACAAAAAUCGGAAGAGAUUGUAAUAGAGGCAAGUGGUAUCAUAGAGAAGGAGGGAACGCCAGAGAAGGCGGAGGUUACUCCAGAGAAGGCUGAGGUUACUCCAGAGAAAACGGAGGAAACUCCGGAGAAGGCGGAUACAAGUUUUAUGAUGGCAAAUAUGAGCUGGACCUAUGAUAUUGUUCAGUCCUCUGGCAAAUUUUGUCCUGAACGAGAUAAAUGCAGGUUUCAGCGUGACUCACGUUCACCGCAAGAGGUGGAUUGGAGGGAUAGGAAUUGUUUCUGUGAUCCUGAAUGUCGUCUUUACGGAGAUUGUUGCAUUGACGCUGCCGUAUUUGAUCCGAUAGAACAGAAAAAGAACUAUAAUUCUUUCAGUUGUGUAAACCUGCGGCAGUACGGUGAUGUGUACAUGAAGAAUGCUUGUCCAAAAACCUGGAAAAACAAGAAGAUUAAAAACUUAUGUACAGAGAACAGUAAGACUGAUCCCCUCGGAUCUAUGCCAGUUACAGCCAGAGGCUCAGGAGUCACUUACAGUAAUUAUUAUUGUUCUGUUUGUAACAAUGAUAGUAAGGAUACUGUUAUUUGGACCCCAAGGCUAGAGUGCCCAACUCUACAAGGAUAUAAUUCUAGAUUUCGAAAUAUCAGCCGGGACUAUCUUCUGGAGAAUCUGAAGUUUAAUCCUGACUCUAAACAGUGGGGAGUUGAGAUAGAUACUAUUGGUAUUCCUGUUUUUCACGACUGCUUCUUCGAUCCCUAUCUACCUGACGGUGUUUCGGAGAAAAUACGUCGGUGUAAUGCGGACACUAUUACUAGUACUUGUCCCCCUCACUGGAUCAAUGUAGGUGACGCAAAAUCUGGCGUUAACAUCUCCAGAAGAAGAGCUAUUUCUAAUUACUGUUCUGGGUACACUGCCGUUAUAUACUCGAGUAAAAGGGAUGUUGCAUACAGGAACCCGCACUGCGCUAUUUGCAACAAUGAUACCGUGGAGUCCUUGAUCUGCUUGAACCUGAACGUGAUGGGUAGAUCAGGAUUCCUUUCAGGCUUCCAACCUCAUUCAUUCGCAGUCCUCUUCGACAUCCGCGACGGCGGAGAGGUCGGUGUUGAGAAGAAGUGUGCCGAGGGGGAGCUGUGGGACCCCUUCUUCAAGAAGUGCAGGAAUAUAGUUUGCGGGGAGAGGGGGAAGGUUUGGGUUGAGGGGGUUUGCUACAACAAGGACGAAGUUCCAACAACAACAACAACAACUACAACUACAACUACAACAACAACUACAACAACAACUACAACAACUACAACAACUACAACAACUACAACGACAACAACCACAACUCCGUUGGAAACUGUUCCGUUAACUGAUAUUCCGGAAAGCAUUCCGGAUAUAGUUUUCCCUUCUGACACUUCCGAUAUAAUUUUCCCACUUGUUAACCCGGAUAUAGGUUUCCCCAAGGACUACCAGGAAAUAGAGUUCUAUGAUGAAAAACAGGAAAUAGAAUCCACAGAGCAACCGUCCAUAAACCAACCCCUAACCACAACUGUUACCACCACAACAACAUCAACAACAUCACCAACAACAUCAAAAAUAAACACAUAUGGAUACAACAGUACACUGUACCCUAUUAGUGUGUACCCUCAGCUAGGAGAAUGUACUAAAAUCCAGCUAUACCCUGGAGAGUUCAGGCUGACCGAGUCCGGGAUAAGUAUUCCUGAAUACGGGUUGACCCUUCAACCUACCAGCUACUGGACUCAGGGAGAGAAUAUAAUAAUCUGUAGUCCGGAUGAACUGCAUGCUGGAGCUACCAAGUUUUCUCCGAUUAUGGGAUAUGUCACAUUUACAUGUUUAGGACUUUCAAUGGUUUGUUUGGUUUUCCACCUGUUGGUCACUUGUAUUGCUCCUGAACUGCAGAAUUUAAGCGGGAAGAACUUAUUCUCCUUUGCACUUGCACUUUUAGGUGCGUACAGCUGUUUCCUGGCGAACAUGUUGUCUCCGGACCUCGAGGGUGAAGGAUGCUUCGCCCUGGCUCUGCUUAUGUAUUACUUCUACAUGGCGACGUUCUUCUGGAUGCUCAAUAUUGCGGUCAACGUUGCAAGAACCCUACGCCUUGCGACAACACAACUCAGGUUGUCUACCGGCCCUCAGUGGAGUAAGUAUCUGCUAAGCAGCCUGGUCGGCUGGCUGCUACCUGCAUUGUUGGUUAUUACAGCUGGGCUGAUAGACCGGCUUGAUAUACCGGAUAUGCCGUAUCAGUUUAAACCUGGAUUUGGAGGCUCCAAGAUCGGUCUUUGUUGGUUUUCUUCAAGGAGUGCUCUUCUAAUAUAUUUCGUGGCUCCUUUCUCGUUAAUCAUGCUUCUGAAUGUCGUCUUCUUUAUUUCUGCAUCUUGUCUUGUGUGGCAGUCUUCUCAAUCUACUGCAAAGAUAACAACAACAGGACCUCGGAUAAGCUUCCAUCUCUACUUGCGUCUAGCCUUGUUAAUGGGAUUAACUUGGUUGACCGGUAUCAUAGCUGGAGCUCUUGACCUGGAACCUGUCUGGUACGUGUUCCUGGUUCUAAACACACUUCAGGGUUUGUUUAUCCUGCUGUUCUUCACCUGCUCCAAGAAGGUUGUGAACAGCGUAAAGGAGAGAAUGAGCAGGGAGGAGAACGACUCCUCCACCUGGAGAUGGAGAACCAAGGAUAAAGCGGAAUCUCAGGAUUCCAACCUGUCCACUAGCGUCCUUACAACUUCUAAAAUACAUAAAUCUUCAUAUGAACAAUAUCAUCAUUACGAUCAGAGAUUCUACAGUAGUCAGUAGCGCGAAGCACCAACAUUUUAUGUUUAUUUGCUUAACUUUUGUAAAGAAUUUGUUAUGUCUGGUAAAAUUUUGUAAACAAUAUGGAGGCAGUAUCAUGAGUGUUUUUUCCAGUUAGAUCAAUACUCGUUAAAAUUUAGUUCAUUUUUUUGUAAAAUCUCUGACAAUUUUUAUAAAUCUCAUUUUAAAUGUUGACUUUUUCAAAUGCAAAACAAACACAAGUUAAAUUUUUUUUUACAAGAAACUGCUUUUAUUUAUUGGUAUGAAAGCGUAAAAUACCAAUUAAGUAUAGUUUUAGAUUAUUUUAUGCAUUUAUUGUAUUUACUCAUUAAAUAAUUAGAAUAGUGGCAUUAAGUGUUUUAGUUGUUGACCGUUAAAUUACUCAAAUAAAUUUUACUUAUGAAA